AUGCCGGCUCCCACCUUAGCAGACAUUGUCUUCUCGGAGCAAGCCAACCACAACUUCUCCAAGAUCCUGGGAGAUCUCAAGAAGUCGAACCUCUCCAUCACGAAUCGGCUCAAGUCCAUACAGCACGAUGCGGCCUUCGUGCACGAGGUAGCUGAUGUUCUCGGCCUUCCGCUCGUGGCUAAUGAGCGAUGUGGCAGCUGGUAUAUUGAUCCCCAACUGAAGAGGUCGUCGGCUUAUUUCAAGAGCACCGAUGGGCACACGGGCCAGUGGAAGUUUAGCACGAGGAGGCUGAACUUUCAUCUUUUGGAGGUCAUUGGGCGGAAUGAUGGAUGCAUCAUCGUAGACUCAACCCGGCGAGGCAAGCGCAUGCCCGACGCCCUCAGCAAAACAAUCCCAAUCUGGUGCACCGUCCUUAACCAGGCCCUCUUCCCCUCCCACCCCCAAUCCCACGCCCUCCACGUCCCCCCCACUGUAGUCUCCUCCUCCGAGCACUCUCAAAUGUCCUCCCGCCUUCCCUUCUUCCUCAGCUCCCUCCUCGCUCUCCAACCCGAUAUUCCCUCCCUCCGCCAAAACAUACAAAAACCCCUCCGCCCCCUCUGGGUAACCCCAGACGACGAACUAACUCCCGAGAUGGUCGAUGAGAUCAAAGUCUCCUUCCACCCCGUCGUCUGCUGCACCAGCUCCCGCCGGGUGGUAGGUACGGAGAUGAGUGAAGAAGGGUAUAUCCAGGGCGCGGGUGAUGACACAGAGAACUGGGCGCACGGACUGACGGCGCCGCUGUUUUGGGCGAACCAGAGGCAGCUGUUGGGGACGCCGGAGGGGGAUUUACCGGGCUUGAUAGAGAUGCUGGUUGCGAAUUCGGAGGCGGGCGGACAAGCGGUAGGGGAGUUGAAAAAGGUUGCCCCGAGGCUGCUGGUGGGUGCGUUAUCGGCUGAGGAGAAGGCGCUGACUUCUUCUUCCCAAGAAAACGUUUGCGUGGUUAGUCUGGUGCCGAAAACAACGGAAAAGGAGACGUGGGAGAAGUCGAAGAGGCAUAUGGAGGUUGGGCUGGGGAAGAGCAAGACUGCGAGCCGGUUCUUGAGAGAGGCACUGCCGAGUAUUUGCGACUUUGUCUUGCGGUUCCUGCAAGAAUGCGUUGAUGCCGAUGCCGAGAUGGGCACGGGCACGGGCAAAGGCGCAAACAAAGAAAUUGUCUUGUUGUGCGAGUCUGGUAGGGACUUGUCGGUUGGAGCAGCACUGGCUCUUUACUGCUGGUGCUUCGUCGACUCGGCUGGGACCGUCAGGUCUGCAGCGGACCAGGGGCAGAAUCACAAUAAGGCUUCCAUUCGGGUGAAGCUGGGUCAUAUCAUGACGGCAUUUCCCGAUGCCAACCCGAGCAGGGCAACUCUUCAGAGCGUAAACAGUUUCCUGAUGGACUGGCGGAACUGA